GCUUUUUCCCUAGUUUAACUUGGAAAUAAACGAGUUCCUGUUACUGUUUAUGGUCGCUAAUAUUAUUAGUGAUUUGUUGAUCAAAGCAAAAUGCUACUGUUUUCCCAAUUUGUUCACGACAAUAGCAUGGGAACAUCGACAUCUUCAGGGGACAAUAUCUGUUAAACUUAGAUGCUCAGCAAAUGUUCAAAAAUAGAAGCAGUUGUUGAAGGAGAUUACUCUGUCGCAGCAUAUAAAUAUCUGGCAAACGUUUGCUUAAAAUUAAUAUCUGCGAUAGAACUUUUGCCGACACUCGAGUUUUAUUUUGAAAAUGUUUAUCAAAUCUUCAUUAUUUAUUUUUCUGCAAAUUUUGCUUCUCGCAAAAUCUGUUCCAAUUGCCUCGCCAGAUGAUGAGGCUGAUUUAAGUGCUGCUUCCAUCUGUGACUGGUCAGUAUGUGACAAGCUUUAUGAAAGAUAUCAGACAGUGCCCAAAGAUCAAUUCUGCGAUACUAGCUGUUCAAGUGAAAAUGCAUAUCCAAACUUAUCCGAUGAUAUCUCCAAAUGUAGAGAUUGUGGCUUUUGCGAUGUUUGGCUUGAAUAUUCUCAAGAAUUUAAUACAGCUCUACAUUGUGGUGAUAUGAUGAUUAUGAUUUACUGUGUUGAAGAUGAACAACCUUCACAAACUACUCAGUGCCUCGAACCUACACCAGAGACAGAUAACGGAAACAAUAACGGUAAUCAAAAUGGUAACGAAAAUGGUGCUGGUGGAAACAAUGGUAAUUACAACGGUCACUAUGGUGGUUCUAGUGGUUACAAUGGUAACAAUAAUGGUAACUCUAAUGGUAAUGCCAAUGGACCAGGUGGUAAUAACGGAAAUGACAACGGUAACAACAAUGGUAAUGCUAAUGGUGGCUACUGGGGCUAUUCUGGAUACAAUGGUAACAACAACGGUAACUACAAUGGUAACUACAAUGGAGCUGGUGGUAAUAACGGUAACAAUAAUGGUAACUACAAUGGUAAUGCCAAUGGUGCUGGAGGCAAUAAUGGUAAUGGAAAUGGUAACGGAAAUGGAAAUGGCAAUGGUAAUGGUAACUGGUAGUUAAACUGCUGUAUCUCCAGUUUUUGAGGUACUCAAAGUACCUUUUUUAAAAAAGUAAUGAAGUUCUCAAUAUUUUAACGUCUAUUUUAUCCUUUCAAGUUGUAUUUUAUUUGAAAACCGAUGAUUUUUCUGUUUGUUGCUAUUUUGAAAUAGUUUCCAAAGUAUAUUUUUGUACCUCAAUUAAUGAUUUUGCAAAAUGUUUUAUACUCUAAUUUCUCAC